GCUCUCGCUGACCAAUUGUACCGACUUUUCAUCUUCUUUCAAACAAUCUCAAACGACGUGUAUGGUUUUCAUAGGAUCUAUGUUCUUGUACCCUACUUCGAACAGUUUUGUGCCAGUGUUGAUGAAAUAAUGAACCUUAAAAAUUGGAUCAAAAGCAUUCCAGUUCACAUGGUAAGAUUUCUUUCUACUUUAGUGUAAUUAUUUUGUAAAUAGUAGUGCUACGAUCUCCAAAGAUCACUUUGUUUUAAAACAUAACCUUACAUGUACAUAGGUCUGCUGCCUGAGGACUUCAGCUUUUAAGUCGAAAUGUUUGAAGCACAGUUUAAUCACCCUAUUAUUUAGGGUGCUUCUGAGCUUGGAGGGUAAGACCCUAUUAUGAUCAAGCAGUUGCAUAAAGCCUGGUUUGGUCAUCAUCAUGCGCCUGAUUUGUAACGUAUCUAUUUCCAAGACCUUGGAGUACAGUGGUUUUUUGGUGUUUAUUCACCGUGCAUGCAUGUGCUUUAUUUGUUAUGUGUCUACACUGUAUUUCCAAGACCCCUUGGAGUAAAAUGGUAUUGAAGCUUAAGAUUAAACUUUAGUUGAUCCUACCAUUUUUCUGUUUCCUAGCCCUGGGGGACAAUGGAAAUUGAGAAUCAAAACAGCUUUAAUCAAAAUUAACCUGAAAUCAAAUUUGAUCCAUAACAUAACACACUGUGUGUGUUGUUUUGUGUAAGGGACCGACAGCCAGACACUUUUAUUAUUCGAUUAGCACAUGUCUGUGCACAGUAUAGCAGCCUACAUCUUUCAGCACAGCCUUGGAUGGGGGCAGUUUGUGGGUAGAUUUUGAGUGCGUUAAUUUGUCAUCUAAACGAAUUUGCAAGGCUUCAAGUGUUCCUAUAUUUCCCAUAGUUUUAAACUUUCCCUAUAUUUUCCUAUUUAGUUUGGAAAUGUCCCAUAAUUCCUAUAAUUCCAUCAGAAAAUAAAAAUGAUAUACUGAAGUUCAUGAACUUCUGUCGGUGGAAUGUGACAAAGAUAGAGAAUGUUUUGGACCAUCCAAGGCUAAACUGGUAAUAAUUUAGUGAUCGUUAUCCAGAUAUUUUCCAGAUGUUAGAAGGAGUAUGCAGCAACUUUGUGUACACUCAUUUUUCAAACGCAAGAGGGUCGAAAUGUGCACUCAAUAAUUGGUUGCUUUUUAAGUAGCCAGUAGGAAAAAAAGAAUUUCCAAUCUGUGAUGGGGUAUCUGUGAUAAUGUGCAAGGUUAAAGCUCAGUCUGAAAGAAUGACUGUACCAUUUUCACCAUAAAUACUAGUGUUAUGUUCCUUUAAUUUUAACUGAACACAAAGCCAGUGCUACACUGACAAGGUUCAGAUAAACCAUGGUCUUACCUGAUCAGAAAGUGGCAUAUUUUAUGAGUAACCAAACAGUCACCAGCUGUGAAGCUAUAAAAUUCAAAAGUAAUAACCAAAGAAGGAAUUGCUUAUAAAAACAUUGUACUCCACUCCAAAGACUCGUAUUAUCUACAAAGAAUUGGAGGGUAUCAGUCGUUAAGUACAAUUCUUUAUAGUUGGUGAGUUGACGUAGCUGCGAGUUUAGGCUAUGAUUCCUUUCUUUUAAAUGCGGAUCUGUAGAUCACUCUUCAUGAGAAUUCUAUACACCCAGCAAGCAUCUCGUAAUCUCUGGGCCCAGUUAGUGCAACAAAAAUUAAUAUGGUAGGGAGUCAUUGCAAUCACAGACAAAACGACUCUACAUUUAUUUUAAAAAUUAAGAACAGGAGGUUAAAGUUGUGUAGGCCCACCAGUUUCACUGAACAUUGCAUGUAGAAAACGGUCUAACAGUUGCAAAACGCAAUAACACAGGCCAUCUGAUAGGGUGCAUUAAAAAUCAGAAAUCAUGCAAUAUUUUUAGGGUAGAUUGUGCGAUAAGGUAGGACUAUUAUGCGAUAAAUUAUGUGAUUUUUUCAGGGCUAAUUGACUUUGUUUUACCAGGUUUCAAAGGAGAAAAACCACUUUAAUGUUGUUUAACAGGCAAUUUGGAUGUAAAGGAAUAAUAAAACAUCUGUUUUAAAACAAAAUACCGGUAGUUAAAUUUGUCCAAUUAUUUUGACCCGGAAAAGAAAAGGGACACUUGUUUAAUGUUACAUGACGCCGUUACACCGCUGACCACACUGCUUGUCUCUGAAAUCAAAUGGCUGCCCAGAUACAGCGAUUGAAGGUUUCAGAUGCCUUGAAAGGCUUUCUUUUGUGGUAAAUCACCUCAAAUAACAUUAAGAUUGGGAAAAAAAUGCUUCAUUAAAGUUAGAAUUCAUUGUUUAUUUUACUUGAAUUUAGCAUUUUUUUACAAAUUAUGCGAUUUUCCUCAACUUUUGCAAUCGGAUGCGAUUUGAGGUCAAUUGUGCAAAAUCGCACCAUCGCGUAUUAUCAGAUGGCCUGAUAACAGUAUUUUCACUAAUACUUCUUUAGGUUCAGUGUGUGUGUAUUAAUCCAGGUACAUUUUUUUUGUUUGCUCAAAGUUAGAGAUCUUAUUCAGAAAAAUUCUGUGUAAGUGCUCACAAUGUUGGACUAAAAUUUGUUAUAUUCCUUACCCUCUGCAGAGUUGCAAAAGUGGCACUGGAUAUAAUAUAUUGUGGUGUAAAAAGUCACUAUAUUUCCCCUAUUAUUUUACCAUUUUCCCUAUACAUGUAUAUUUUUAAAAAAUUGCCCCUAUACUAAGCCCUUUAUUUUUGCUUGAGGUUACUUCAAGCCCUGAAUUUGGCACCCUUUGUUGACACCAAUCUGGCAUUGACCCAGUCCUAGAGAUUGCACACUCCAAACUGUCAACCUUUCCUGCCUUUGAAAUACUACAUCUAUACCCUAUUUUAAGAAGUUAUUGGAAGUGGAUAUUCUAUUCUACAUCUUGCAUUCUGAAAUCACAACCCUUUGCAUUGGGUGUCCUUACUCAAUAGGCUUGGUGUUCUAGUGUUAAACCAAACAUGAUACAAACCUUUGUCAUUUUCUGAUGGAAAUUAAGCUUAAAACUACUAGCUAGCAUAUUAAGAACAACAUGAUAUACAUAAAAAAGCAGGAAGGGCUAUAUCAAAGUAAGGUCAACUCCAGCCUCAUCUCAAUCUGUAACUACAUGUACAGCUGUACAUUGUAUAAAAUGGAUUAUUGAUGAAAAAGGGGUGCUUAUUUGAGUACAUGUUUGUACAAACUACAUGUAGUGCACUUAUUUGAAGGAGGCUCUUACAGACCAGUAGAGUUCCUACAAUUCCUCUAGCUAGUAGGGUCUCCUGGUUUUUACAAGGCUCCCAGUCCCUGGGUGAGUUGUGAACUGACAUUGAUCUGGACUGGUCCUUUUUUAGUACAUGUACAGUGUACGUAUGUCACUGACUGUUGACAUUUAGGCACUGUUAUUAUUGUAUUGUAGAAAAGCAAACAACUUGUGCAAAAAGCAAAAAAAAAUAUGAUUAAUUAAUAUGCAUCAUUUUAUUCCUAUGUUUUAGGACUAUGAAGGACAGAAAUUAGCAGAAAGACUCUUCCACAUUAUCAUAUUAUUUUUUGGGGUAGGCAAUUAGUUCAUUCUUGCUAACUUAAAAUUCCUUUGUGGCAUUUACUUAACAAUUAAUGAAUGAGGCUGAGUAUCUUGUGAAGAAUUAUGGAGAUCGAGGAGGGUGUUAUCGGUGGAUAACAUGCUCCGAGAUCUCCAUAAUUCGUCAUAUGAUACGAAAGCCGAAUUCUAUAAUUGUUUUAUUUUUCAUUCAAAAUAAUUCCUGGUUUAAAAACAUGGCUAAAACAUGCUUACCUCCAUCAAUCCAUCAAUGUUCAGUUCAUCUUCAAUAGUGCACGUUUAGGUUUGUCCAGCUCUGCAAAUAUUCUCCAAAUAGCAGAUGUCACCCUUCGAGUUGUCUUCUUGCUGUUGUUGCCAUGUUUUUAGCUAAUUUUUCACCUAGUUCUUACUCUUGAAAUGAGUGAAAUGUCCACCAUUUUUCAAGUUCACAACCAAAACAACUCAACCUCGUCCUCAGGUCUUGUCGGUUAACGGUGCCUUAACCUGCAAAAACGCUGCAUUUUUGACAUCAUUUCCUCGUUAAACACAAAAUUCUUCCAAAUUUGGUCAUCAGUAACUGGUUAUGGUGAAUUAAACGUGUGCUUUUAGCCAAUCAGAAUCGGGAAAAUAUUCUGAAUGAAUAAUAAUUUACUUUAAGGGUUUGGGGGUAUGAAAUGAACCAUGAUAUAGAUGUCCUUGAAGAAACAUUCGCUUUAUAACUUGAAUUGAUCUUAUUUCGAGCAUACAGUCCCCGCGCGAAUGUUAAACCAUGCCGCAUUGUGUUACAGCUGUACGUGUAUCUCUUUGAAAAAUUGUCGAGAAAUCAGUCAUGGGUGAAUCUGUUGUUUUCUGUCCUGCGAGACUCGAUUCUCGAUGCGAUUCUCGAUAGCUUAAUCUUGAUUCGCGCAAGAAUCGAGAAUCGCUAAUCGAGUCAAGCAUCGAGACUCACAAGGGACUGUCAACUUACUUUUGAAUGGGACUGUAAUAGAUAGGAGGCAAUCAAAAGAGAGGGGUAUUCUCAUAACUAUGAUAAGCUCAACAAAAAUAAUACUCUUUCAAUGAAAAUAUUGACAAGAGAGUUUAGAAGAAUAAGAUAAUAUUCAGUCUACCCAUUAAUACAAUGUAUGUCCGAUCAAUAGGCCAUUUCUGAGUUCCCCCAGGCCUCUGUAUCAAAUCAAGGUCAAGUGCUCAGCCUUUGAUAUGGAAAUAAUUUUUCAUUCUCAUGCAAAUCAAACUCAUUUUCACAAGAAAGGUUGUGCACUUGGCCUCAUUUUGAAAGUGAGGGUUUUUGGAACUUGGAAGUGGCCUAUUUAGGGUACUGGGAAGCUGCCUACCUACCCCUCCCCUAAGCCAACAUUUUGUCCUAAGUGCGGAGAAAGUGAUAAUGAUGUUGGCUUAGGGAAGGGGUAGGUGGGCAGCUAGAGAUCCAUAUCACUCUUUCAAAUCUCAAAAUAGGGAGCUUAAGCAGCGACAUUUUUGAACGACGCACGUCAAGCGGAAGUGAGCCUUUUCCUCUUUUAAUAAGCCUUGACGCUACCGUAUUUAUAUUGCCAAGUGUCUUAAUUCUUACAGAGACGAUCUGCCCAAAAAUUUGUUCAAAAUCACGGCUCAAGAGUGCAAAAUGUCCAUUUCCGGUUGACAUGCGUCGCUCAAAAACGUCGCUGCUUAAGCUCCCUAAUAAGUGUCAGAAUCCUUGGUCAGGAAUAUUGUGUUGUGAUUUUUAGUCUAGCCUUAAUACUGUGAACGUGCCAUUGAAUGGGGCACAAUGCACAGCAAGAAACUUUUUAAUAAUUGAAACUGAGUGAUUUGGUUCUUUUUUUUUACCAAUUCCUAGUAUUUUAGAUAAAUUGUUUUCGCCAUUGUCUAUAAGGCAGAGGGUGUUAUUAGAGAGACCCAUGUAAUACAAAGUUAACAUCGUAGAGGGGCUGUUUAUUAGAUAAGUGGCAUUUAUAUGAGAGUAGGCAUCUAUUAUUAUACCGCACAUGCAUGUUCAUUGCUUUCAGGUUGUUGGGUUUCUGUGGGGAUAUUAUAUCCAACAGUUUGGUGCAACUUUUAUUAUUCUUGCUGCUGGAUUCAUAGUCAGUUGUUUGGUAAGUACUGUGUUUCCUCCUGAAGGUGUCAGCCUUUAGUUUUACAUGUACAAUGCCUUCCCCAUCCCUGGCCUUAAGCACAAAACAUGAAUUCAUAAUGUAAAAUAGUUAUGUCUAAUUAUGUUGUUGGGCCCCUGCCUACCUGAAGAAGCUUCUAAGAUUCAAGUCAUUCAAGGAGAGUGCUGCUUAAAUGUAAGAUCAAAAUGGCAGUACCCAAUUAUUAUUAAUGUUCUAAGUGCAAGACCCUUGGGUCGGGGCCUUUGCUCAUGUUGGCCUCUCCCUUUGUAGCUGGGGAUGUUUCUCACGAAACGUCCCCAGCGGCGAAGAGCGAGGAGAAAGGGAUGUUUUCGCAGGCUACUCCCUUUGGAACACUCUUCCUGUACCUACCAGAAGUACUUACUGUUUUGUAAUAAAAAAAAAAUACACGAUGUACAAGCUCUAAAUGUGCAGAUUGACUUUAGUUGACAUACCAGUAGCUGAAUCAAACUUAUGGUACAUGCAGGAUGCAUUUAUGUUAAACUAUGAAGUGUGAUUUUUUUUGGAACCAGAUUGUACUACCACCAUGGCCCAUGUACAGAAAGAAUCCACUUGACUGGCAGAAACCACGACCAGAAAAGAGUGACACAAAAAGGGAAGGAGGAAAGAAGAAGAAAUAG